AUGGGAAGUAACCCUGACAACAGUUCAAAGUUGCCUUCUUUCAUCCUGACAGGUCUGCCAGGGCUGGAGAUCUCACAACACUGGAUGUUUCUGCUCCUUGGAACUCUCUACAUUGUCUCCAUUGUGGGCAAUGCCCUCAUCCUUUUUAUUAUCAAGGAGAAGCAGAGCUUGCAUCAGCCUAUGUACUACUUCUUGUCCCUGCUAUCAGUUAAUGACUUAGGUGUGUCUUUUUCCACUCUGCCCACGGUGCUAGCCACGUUUUGUUUUCACUUACGGAAGAUCAGCUUUGAUUCUUGCAUGACUCAAAUGUUCUUUAUCCACCUCUUCUCCUUCACAGAGUCUGGGAUUCUUCUGGUUAUGAGUUUUGACCGCUAUGUGGCCAUCUGUAACCCACUGCGCUAUGCCACAGUGCUCACUGAUGCUCGUGUGGCACGCAUGGGCAUGUCUGUUGUCAUUCGCAGUUUCUGCAUGGUUUUCCCACUACCUUUCCUUCUGAAGAGGUUGCCUUUCUGCAAGAACAAUGUACUCUCCCAUGCCUACUGUCUGCAUCCAGAUCUGAUCCGCCUGCCCUGUGGCGACAUCACCAUCAAUAAUAUUUUUGGUCUAUUCAUUGUCAUCUCUACCUUUAGCCUGGACUCUGUACUCAUUCUUCUCUCCUAUGUGUUCAUACUACGCUCUGUACUUGCCAUUGCCUCUUGGGAGGAACGAUUAAAGACACUCAACACAUGUGUAUCACACAUGUGUGCUGUGCUCAUCUUCUAUGUUCCCAUGGUUGGUGUGUCCAUGAUGGCUCGCUAUGGGAGGCAUGCUCCACAGUAUGUGCACACACUCAUGUCCCUCAUUUAUCUCUUUGUUCCUCCAAUGCUCAACCCUGUUAUCUAUUCCAUCAAAACCAAAGAGAUUCGUCAAAGUCUUUCCAAAAUGCUACUGGGAACCAAGAUUUAA